AUGGAUGUGAAAUGCUCCUCCUCUCCUGCCCAGCAACUGACGAAGAACAAGGAGGAUACAGGCGUUGAUAAACCCUCGGGCGAUGGCAAUCCUCCAAAUCUCGGAAAGAAAGCCUCGCGGCUUGCAAGGAGCUUAAAGACAGUCUCGCAUUCCGAAACCGAUUAUAAUUCUUUAGACGGGAAAAGAUUAUCGCGACGACAACUGGCAAGAAAACGACGAGAAGACUCGAUCAAGUGCCUGGAUCUGGAGCGCAAGUUCUUUGCCCCCCAAGCGUCCCCCGAUGUUUUGAUUAUACGUUUUCCCGAUCCCGAGAUAACGUCGGACUUGGUGGCUGGCUUAUCCGCGAACAUCAGCGAGGCCAUCGGCGGCAGCCCGAGCAGCCGCUUGGAGCCACGCUACUGCACGGCCCGCCUGAAGGCAGGAGCGGACGUGGAGGCGACCAUCAGCGAGAUCAAUCGGGUGCCAUUCGGCAACGGCUUUCUGAAGGCCGAGCGCCAAGUCUUUAGCGCAGAAGAGGAGGCCAAAUCCAUCGACACGCGGUGCCUGGAGGUGUCCCAUAUACCCGAAAAUAUGAACAAAUCGGCCAUCAAGGCAUUGUUUGGCACGGCCAAAAUGGUGGAUAUGGGCGGGAUGAGGAAGGCCACGCGUGCCCUGGUUCGCUUUGCCACAUUCGAACUGGCCAGAGAGGCCUUUGGGGACGUGUCGGUGGCAAGUCCUCAACUGAGUGUUCGCUUUCGUCGUGUGAGGAGGCACUCCGGCCUGAAGAAGGCCACUACCAGCGAUAGCGAUGCCUCCAAGGAAGAAAUGAUCGAACGGGAGGUCACGAGUGUGCAGCAUGAUCGAGAUAUCCACAAACUGAAGCUGCAAAUGUCCGAUUAUGGUGCCAUCAUCAGGAAUCUGCUGGCCCGACAAGUCAUUUCCGGAAUGAAGCCCAAAAUGGAGGCAAAUUCGUAUCCGGAAAUGCACACACCCUAUCCCACACCCGCCUAUCGACUGAUGACGCUACCCAUUGGCCAGGAUAAUGAUGCUGCCGCCAGACUCUCAAAUAAACCAUAA